AGAGCCUUCCUGAUGUAUAUAUGCAGGUAGCGAGAAGUGAAUCGGCCCUUUGAUGAUACGGUAAUAUAAUAAAAGUGAUCUGGCAAGCAGCGGGUCUUAUUUUCUACUCUCUCGUGGGAAUGAGUUGCCAAUCUUUUACUUCGGCUGAUACCUUUGUACCUCUGAGUGCUGAUGCCUCUGCAGCGCUGCCUCUGAUAAUGCACCCCAGUGCUGCUGAGUGUCUCCCAGUCUCCAAUCAUGCCACCAACGUGAUGUCUACAGUCCCGUCUAUUUUGUCUUUGAUCCAAACUCCUAAAUGUUUGCACACGUAUUUCUCGAUGACAACUAUGGGAAACGCAGCGACAGGACUUCAUUAUUCUGUGCCUUCCUGUCAUUAUGGAAAUCAGCCAUCCACCUAUGGAGUGAUGGCAGGCAGUUUAACCCCUUGUCUUUACAAGUUUCCAGAUCACACCUUGAGUCAUGGGUUUACUCCCCUGCACCAGCCUCUCCUGGCAGAGGACCCUACAGCCUCUGAAUUCAAGCAGGAACUCAGGCGGAAAAGUAAAUUGGUUGAAGAGCCAAUAGACAUGGAUUCCCCAGAAAUCCGAGAACUUGAGCAAUUUGCCAAUGAAUUUAAAGUGAGAAGAAUCAAGUUAGGAUACACCCAGACAAACGUGGGCGAAGCUUUGGCUGCUGUGCAUGGCUCUGAAUUCAGUCAAACAACCAUCUGCCGAUUUGAAAACCUGCAGCUCAGUUUCAAAAAUGCAUGUAAACUGAAAGCAAUACUAUCCAAGUGGCUGGAGGAAGCCGAGCAAGUUGGAGCUUUGUACAGUGAAAAGGUGGGAGCGAAUGAGAGGAAACGGAAACGGAGAACAACAAUCAGUAUUGCAGCUAAGGAUGCUUUGGAGAGGCACUUUGGGCAGCAGAACAAGCCUUCCUCACAGGAGAUCAUGCGGAUGGCCGAAGAACUGAAUCUCGAGAAAGAAGUCGUAAGAGUUUGGUUUUGCAACCGAAGGCAGCGGGAAAAACGGGUGAAAACCAGUCUGAACCAAAGUCUCUUCUCUAUUUCGAAGGAGCAUCUUGAGUGCCGAUAAGACGUGUGUGUGUGUGUGUGUGUGUGUGUGU